GAGCAGGGGAGGGAGCAGAGGAGGGAGCAAACGAAAGCCUAUCUAUCAUAUCAAGGUGUAUCGAGUUCAAGACCAAAGAAUCACGCUGGACGAUGUCGGUAGAGCAUACGGCAUCGAAAACAUAUACCGAGACAUCACCGCGGAAGACUCCAUGAUGUUCGAGAAGCUUUUGGCCGAGUUGGAGUGCACCGCCGCGGUGUUUGUUCGGAGGAUUUGGUCAGGCGAAGACAUUUCGCUGACACGAACCGAGCUGGCAGAUUUCAAGAAGUUUCUGGCCAUCAUGAUGUAUAGGGGCGAGCACCGCAGGAAACAAUAUUUCGAGGACAGGUUUGACUUCGCGACGCGAAUGACAAUCAAAAAGCACAUGCGCGAAAACAACAUCAGCAAGAUUCAAGAUGUGUGGUUCGAAAACCUCAAGUGGAUCAUCAAGACCCCUAUCGAGGACAUCCUCAAAGAAUUCGAGAGAGCCCACGGGCCAAUGGAUCCUUUUGCUAUCAUGGUGGCAUAUAGAGGACCUAUCCACGCUGUAGAGCUUUUGGACUUUGGCUACAUGGUUAUGAACACUGUAUGUAUUUGGCAUGCGGAAGAGGGAUCCGAGUUCAUCCUGUCCAACACUAGCUUCGGUUCGUUCGAGGGCGAUAUGGGUGUCAAUUUUCACUCUUUUUUUGUCGUGUCUCCAGAGUAUGCCGUGGUUCUCAUCAGCCGCCUCUACAUGAAUGGCCAAAUGGAGAUGCUGCCUCUCAGGAAGUCGUGGUUCGGGAAGGAGCUCCGCGCCUUUCCGGAUGCCGUCUACAUGAACGAGAACCCGAAGAGCCAGGACGAUUUCACUAAGGACGACGUGUUUAAAUAUCGAAGGAUUGUCGUCCCAAAGCAGAAAGUAUACCUCGUCAAUAGCAUCCUUCUGGACUCGAGAGACAAGUAUAUAACAUACAAGUCCAGUCCUUCCAUGUACAAGUCCCUGCUAUACUACGACAAACACAAGGGCGAACUGUUCCACAACCAGUACGACUACUCUAUCCUAAAGCGCAAGGUGUUUGCCGAGAUGAAUAGAACACAUAGCGCCUAAGCUCUUUCCAAAUAACUUGCCAGGAUUUUUAAAGGAAGCCUUAAGAUUAGUUUCAAUAAGCUGCACCAGUUUGCGAAACCAAUUCGAUGUCGAUGUAGAAUAAGAAUGACACUUGUUUUGUACGAAGCGGCCUUGUCUUUAAAUUCAACGUUAUUAUUGGCUGCAGCGGGUUAAAAAAAAGCUUCAUCGCAUCCAACACGCAGUGCACAGCAUCUUCUCGCUACCCUUCUCAACAACCCCUACUACCUCCGCAUCAACUGAACUCUGCUUCUAGCCUCGCCAUCGUUGAUAGAGAGAUAAAAGUUUGCAAUAAACUCAAGGUCGUGUUCCCAC